CCAACCUCGGAAAGGGGCACAGCAGUAAUUCACCACUAGCCAUUAUUCUCCCUCUCACUACAAAAACAAGGAAAAGAGAGAACAAGAAAGCCAUAAGCCUAUGCAAACUGCUGAAGCACGGAAAAACAGAAGAUGGUGGGAGGGAGACUUGGAGAGACCAUAGGGAUGAGAGAAGAGCUCAUCAAGAAAGCUUGUUCCCUUUCCUUGAAGGCUCACAGGGCUUCUGGGAAGCCAUAUCUCUACGAGAAAAGCCGCAGCUCAUCCGAAGCUGUUUUCGGCUUCCCAGGGUCAUGGUCUGUGGAGGAUUGGUUCAGCAGCAGGCCUUUCGGAGAUACGAAGGCCUCUCUCAAUCUGUUUCCUUCCCUCAGGAGUAUCGGCAACGAUGAAGUAGCCGUGGUGAAUGAAGCCUUUUUCCGGAGAUUUGAAGUCAUUCUCAGAAAAACUUCAUUUGAAAAGGAGGUCAAGAAAGCAGUGACAGAGAAGAAGCAGAUAGUAUUCGCAGGGCAUUCCUCAGGUGGCCCAAUGGCCAUUCUGGCAACCUUUUGGUUCUUAGAGGAGUACAUAAGGAAAAGCAGCAAUCCUACGACCCCCCUCUGUGUAACAUUUGGGUCCCCUCUAGUUGGUGAUCGCAUCAUUCCACAUGCAUUAAGGAGGGAGAACUGGGAUACUUACUUCAUACACUUUGUCAUGAGGUAUGACAUUGUCCCUCGCCUAAUGCUCGCUCCUCUCUCCUCCAUUGGAGGAGAACUUCAGCCCGUUCUCCACUUUUUCAAUCCAAGAUCCUUGUAUUUUGGAAACGAUUCUGUUGCAAUGGCCGAGGAAGCUUCAAUUUUCUUUUUGAAGGUGAUGAGGAAUGUAUCGUCUGUUGCCAGCCAUAUCGCAUGCAAUCUGAUGGGGUCCACAUACCCGUUGCUGGAAACUCUAACCAGCUUCAUAGAACCAAGUCCUUACAGGCCUUUUGGUACCUAUGUCUUCUGCACUGGGAAUGGAAAGCUGGUUGUUGCGAAGAAUUCGGAUGCAGUGUCGCAAAUUUUGUUCUAUAGCUGUCAGUUGCAAUGUGAAGCAGAAAUCAAAGAGGUGGCUGGUAAAAGUCUAAAGGAACAUCUGGGGUAUGAAAAUGAACUGCAAGGAAGCUUAGAAAUGCAAAAUGUGGCCUACUUGGAUGAUCAUUUCAAAGAGCUUCCUUUGUCCUCAAAUGCAAGCAUAGAGGGAGAGAUGGGAAAUCUUAACACAGCCUUGAAUGACCUUGGUGUGAGCACAAGAGGUAGGCUGUGUCUUCGUGCUGCAGGUGAACUGGAAAAGCAAAAACAGGGAAACCAGGACAAGAUAAACCGGAACAAGACUGAGAUCGAAAAAAGACUCAGAAGCAUCUGGAAAUACCAAAGUGAAAGGGAAGUUCGCAAGGUGGGGUAUUAUGAUUCCUUCAAGUUACAAAAUGAUGUUGAGGACUUUCAUGCCAACGUUAAUAGGCUAGAGUUAGCGGGCAUGUGGGACGAAAUUAUAGAAAUGUUGAAAAAGUAUGAACUUCCGGGUGAAUUUGAGGGGCAGGAAGACUGGAUAAAGCUUGGAACCGAGUACAGAAGGUUGGUGGAGCCUCUAGAUAUUGCCAACUUCUACAGGCACUUAAAGAACGAUGACACUGGACCCUACAUGUUCAAGGGUAGGCCGAAACGAUACAAAUACACCCAACGGUGGCGCGAACAUGCUGAAAGAAUGGGAAAAGGAUCCAGCUCAGAAUCCUGCUUUUGGGCUACAGUGGAGGAACUUAGAAGUAGCAAUAAGAAGUUUGAAGAGAUGAAGGAGGAGAUUGUGCAAUUAGAGACAGAUCUAUUCAAAUGGCUUAACCAUGAGGAGAUCGGAAAGGAUGUGAUCUUGGACGAGUCGACAUUUUCCAAGUGGUGGAAAAUGCUCGGGAAAAAUCCUGCAUUGCUGGGCUUAUGAGAAACUGAAAGAACAUUUCGGCUGCGAAAAUGUUAUCCAUGACAACUAUCCAUGAAAGUGUCCAUGAAAUGGUAACGGACAGUCAAUCUGGACCGUACGUUACCUUUUCAUGGACACUUUCAUGAAUAGUUGUCACGGACCCUAUCAAACCUCUUUAGGCUAUAUUUGGAACUGGAACAAGAACUUGGGUAAGGAAAUAGACAAGUUAACCGCUCACAAUGGUUAGAUCCUUCCAUUUUUUCCAAUUUAUUUUCCUUAUCACAUCCUUGAUUCUUAGAGGUAUCCGUGUAAAAACUGUCUAGAUUGUAAGAAUCCAGAUGUUACUCUUACCUUUGCAACACGUGGUUCUUAUAAAAUAAUAAAAUCAGCCGUAAUGUUUGUGAAA